AUGUCUGCAGGACUCCGGGGCCCCUGGCCCGUGCCCUUGGGGCUGUGGCUCUGCCUGUGUGUCUGCUCUGGGGUCCAGGGCGGGAAGGUGCUGGUGGUCCCCAUGGAUGGCAGCCACUGGCUCAGCAUGCGGCAGGCCGUGCGGGAGCUUCACGCCCGAGGUCACCAGGCCGUGGUCCUCGCACCAGACGUCAACUUGCACAUCAAGGCGGAGGACUUCUUCACCAUGAAGCGCUACAAGUUCUCUUACACUCAGGAGGAAUUCGACAAGUUAUUUCAGGAUUACUCCGAAAUGGUUUUUGAAAGUCAGCCUCUUCUAGUGAAAUUUUUGGAAAGCAUGGAAAAGACGAGGGAGUCGGCUCUGAUCUAUGAGAAGGCUUGUAGGGAGCUGGUGUUUCACAAGGACCUGAUCAGGCACCUGAAUUCCAGCAACUUCGAUGUGGUUUUAACGGAUCCCGUUUACCCCUGCGGGGCUCUGCUGGCGAAGUACCUGUCCAUCCCGGCUGUGUUCUUCUUGCGUUCCAUUCCUUGUGACCUCGACGCCGAGGGGACACAGUGCCCAAAUCCGUCCUCAUAUAUUCCCAGGCUCCUAACGGAGCUUACAGACCACAUGACAUUCCUGCAGAGGGUCAAGAACAUGCUCAUCCCUCUGGCCGUGAACUACGUCUGCCACAUUUCCCUUUCUCCUUUUGCGAGCCUUGCCUCUGAACUCCUGCAGAGAGAGGUGUCGCUGAGGGACAUUUUUAGCCAUGGGUCUGUGUGGCUGUUCAGAGGAGACUUUGUGAUGGAUUACCCCAGGCCCAUCAUGCCCAACAUGUUCUUCAUCGGGGGCAUAAACUGUCUCAACAGGCAGCCAUUAUCGCAGGAAUUUGAAACCUAUAUCAAUGCUUCCGGAGAACACGGAAUCGUGGUUUUCUCUUUGGGGUCAAUGGUCUCAGCCAUUCCGGAGAAGAAAGCUAUGGAAAUUGCUGAUGGUUUGGGCAAAAUACCUCAGACGGUCCUGUGGCGGUACACCGGACCUCGGCCCUCGAACCUCGCCAAGAACACCAUCCUGGUCAAGUGGCUGCCCCAGAAUGACCUGCUGGCUCACCCGAAGACGCGCGCCUUCAUCACGCACUCGGGCUCGCACGGCAUCUACGAGGGCAUCUGCAACGCCGUCCCCAUGGUGAUGCUGCCGUUGUUCGGGGACCAGAUGGACAACGCCAAGCGCAUGGAGACCCGCGGCGCUGGCAUUUCCCUGAACGUCCUGGAAAUGACUUCUGACGACUUUGCCACGGCCAUUAAAACGGUCAUCCGUGAGAAAAGCUACAAGGAGAACAUCGAGCGCCUGUCCCGCCUGCACAAGGACCGCCCCAUGGAGCCCCUGGACCUGGCGGUGUUCUGGGUGGAGUACGUCAUGCGGAACAAGGGGGCGCCGCACCUGCGGCCGGCGGCCCACGACCUCACCUGGUACCAGUACCACUCUCUGGACGUGCUGGGCUUCCUCCUGGCCAUCGCGCUCACCGUGGUCUUCCUCUUCUAUAAAAGCUGCGUCUUCUGCUGCCGCAAGUGCUUCGGGAAGAAGGGGCCAGCGAAGGGGUCAGGGAAGAAGCCUCACAAGUCCAAGGCGCACUGAGAAGGGUGAGGGGCCCCCUGCAGCGUCAGUAUGGAAUAACCUUAUGGCUAGUCAAGACUGCGAUAAGUUAGCCACUCCAGAGUGUUUUUCCAAAUAAAACAAUCUAACCA